AUGAAGCUCUUUGGAAAAUCCCUAUUAGGAUCGAGAAUGAGUGAUAUCUAUAUAUUUGCUGCUAUCCUUCUCGUUGUUGAUGCAGCCACCGGUGGACACAUUAAACCAGCGAAUUUUACGCCAGCACACAAGAAUGAUUUCAGUUAUUAUGGCCAUUAUAAUACCGAUUGGAUCAUACCCAUUUAUUGUGUUACUGGAGUGGCCUAUGGAAUGGUCGAAUUAAUCAGAAGAGUCAUUCCACGAGAUAUUGUCGGCGGCGAUCCUGAAAAGUUACAAAGAAUGGAUGCUCUGGUACAUAUAUUUUACGAAGUUUCAGGCACUGCCGGAGCUUUUGCAACUGCUUUGGGCUUGAUUCCACGACUUGAAUGGUCACAAAUUAUUGUAGGUGGCUCAAAUUUUGGCGAACUACUCGGAGCUUUCUCCGUCUUUCUUCUUGCUAAUUAUGUUAAAACACCGAUACCUUGGUUACGCUUAGAUGCAAUCAUGUUACUGAUUAUUUGGUACAUUCCAUACUAUUAUCCAUCUGUAGGUGAAGUGAAAUGUGCUUGGAUUAUCGCUGCUACAUUUAUUCCUAUCUCUUUUGGUUGGGCAGCGGGUGAUGUGUCUCUUGCAGCAUAUAUUCAGACACUAUUGGGACGUCUUGAAUCCAAAGAUAAGGAAGUUUCACCGUUAGGUGCUGUCAUGGCUUUUCUAUAUUCAUCUUACAUCAUCAUCUAUGCCAUUGCCAAUCCACUCCUAGGUAAAUAUAUCGAUAGUGUCUACAAUUCAACAGGAAGUGUCAGGCCAGCACUUGUCAAUACAGCUGCUGUUCAACUAACUGUCAUUUCAGUUAUGGUAUUCAUUUCGACGAUGAUUCCAAAAGGUGCGAUUGCGUGUAAUCCAAAACUAGAUGAUGACCAGGCUGUAGAAAAUGCUGAAACUAUAGAUGCUGUACCGAACAGUACACCUCCAAAAUAUUCAAUUUCUGACACAGUUGUGCAUGUCUAA